AUGGAGUUCCUCGUGCCAGCGUUCCAGAGCCUCUGUGCGUCGGGCGCGCUGCAGCGUCAAGCACCCGACGAGACGUGCUUGGAGCGGCAGAUCCGUCGCCUGCGUCUGCGCCUCGACACGGACAACGUGUUGCCGCUUGACGUCGUACUGGAAAGUGCGAACACACGCCUCGAAGAACUCGAGACCGAGCUGCGCAAGCGCGCCACGCCGAUCGAGUGGAUCGUCACAGCCUACCGCCCGGCGACGACCGACACGCGCUCGAGUACGCUUGAGCCACGCACGGAGGCGGCGCUGCGUCAACCGACUGGAUCCGACGGGCCUGUCCGGUACCUAGAUGGCGACGCCGACGACGCCGUGACGUUUCGCGUCACGGUUCCUGCAGAGCCACCGCAGUUUGGCCCACCGCCCGAGCGUGUACCCAUGAAGUGGGCGACGGCGGUGGCCACGUCCACGCCGAGCCCGCCGCUGUCGUUGAAGCCGAAAGCACCGGUGCAGGCCGCGCCGGCAGCGACGCGCGUGGCGCCCCGGAAGAUGCACGUCGCGGCUGCUCCGACAGCGCCAAAGAGCGUCAAGUCCCGCAGCCUCGUCGCCAAGAAGGCCGCCAGCAUCGGCCGGCGUCGGGCUGACCUCUGAAACCACACUGGUUUGACCUCUCAGAACCUAUUAUAUGGUAGAUCUGAUAAGAUCCCGUCGGAGGAUAAUGAUGGCCACAUCGAGCCUUG